AUGCCAAAUCGCGACCCUCAAUUGUCCGUUAUGGCAGUAAAAACUUUAGACGACUUAAAAUUAUUUACGGGACCACAAAAACAAAGGGGUUUUGUCGACAUGUUGAAGUACGAGGCCAAACAAUUUUGCCUGAACACUGCGCUACACGGAUACAGGUUUAUUGUCCUGCCCAAGAGGAUGCUUCUUGAAAGAAUUAUUUGGGCAAUUGUAGUAAUAUUAUGCUUAAUAUCAGCCGUAACACUGUUGUGCUUGGCUUACGUCAGUUUUCGACAAAACCCCACAUUUCUCAUUACUGAUUCUACCCAAUAUCCAAUAUGGAACUACCCAUUUCCUGCAGUAACAAUUUGUAAUUUAAACAAAUUUAAUAAAGAAAGAGUAUACGCUCUAGCACAAAACUUAUCUCAAUCGACCGACAAAACCGUCAUCCAUGAAUUAGCUCUUGAACUGAGAUUGUUAUUCCAACUCAUAAAUUUAAAAGGAUUCAAUGUACCUCCGCAGAAUUAUACUAAAUUACAAGAAUUAUUAAAUCGAAAACAAAUGAAGCCAUGGGAGGUGUUAAAAUAUUUGGCACCCACUUGUGAGGAGAUCGUACAAAGGUGCAAGUGGAAGAGCGAAGAAAAAAGAUGCGAGAGUCUGUUUGAGUUGGUGCCAACUUCAGAAGGUUUUUGUUGUGUAUUCAAUUAUUUCGCCUUGAAGAACCACACAUUUGGCGGAUAUUCAACUCACAAAGUACCAAUUAGUCCCAGACGUACCGCAGCUUGUGGUUAUCAGACAGGUUUAGAGGUACUUCUAAAGAAUAAUCCAAAUGAAUAUUUCCUGACUCAGAUUCCUUCAAUUGGUCACAGGAUUUUAAUCCACGACCCAUACUACUUUCCCGAUACAUCUAUGCAGUCAGUAUUAACACAAAGCAAAAUAGUCAAUAUGAUAGAUUUGCAACCAUCAAUAACUUAUUCUACAGACAACUUAAAACUAUUAGACGUAAGUCAACGUGACUGUUACCUCCCUCAUGAACGGGAUCUUCUCAAUUUCAAUAAAUAUAAUCAUCAUAAUUGCAUAAUUGAGUGCAGAAUGAAUCUUACUCUACGAUUGUGUGGUUGCGUUCCAUUUAUAUAUUUCAAUGAGGAAGGAACAUAUCCUAAAGUAAGAUUAUGCGAUUUAACUGAUGUUUACUGCCUUACUAACUUCUUUAAUGCUAUUUACAGUUCAAAUCCUGGAUAUAAUUACGAUUCAUUUUCAUUUAAUCGGCAGGAAGAUGUUGACGUAUGUAAAUGUUUACCAGAUUGUGAUUAUGUAGAAUACAUUGCUGAAUCUUCAUCAGGACGGCUCACCAGAGAAUAUGCCACAAAUCCACUAAAUUUAUAUGGAGGAGUUAAUAUAAUAAAUCAAAGUGUAAUCAGAGUAUUUUUUGACGAUCUGGUUGCAACAAGAAAUAGAAGAGAUGUUACAUUUACCUGGCACACUUUACUUGCUUAUUACGGCGGUUUAUUGGGACUCUUCAUAGGCUUCAGUUUCGUGUCUGCUGUUGAAAUAAUUUACUUCUUUACAAUUAGACUGGUGUCUGACAUGAUAGAAAAGCCGAAGCGAAGAAUGGAUACCAAUCAGAAGCUUCAGAAACACAAAAUUCAAGUGCAACCAGUUGAAAAUUUGGAUUCAAAGAAGUUCAAAGAGUCCAAAGGUAUCAGACAUCGCACAAAUUCUAAUCCAAUGUAUUACUGAUUAAAUAAUACACUAACACUAUUAUC